AUGGGGAUUUGCCUCAUUUCAGGAGUGCAGGCACAGAGAGUGGAGAUGGAAGAAGAAAAGUCAGGGUUUGUGGGAUCCAAGGUGGAGCUGCGCUGUCGCUUCAUCAACAGCUCUCCCCCAGUCAAAAUCUCACAGGUGACGUGGCAGAAGCUGGUGAACGGCUCAAAGCAGAAUGUUGCCAUCGCAAAUCCUUCUCUGGGUGUUUCUGUGGCGCCCCCGUACAGGGACCGCGUAACGUUUAAGAACGGAGCGGUGAGACGUCGGACCCCGAACCUGGAGGAUACGACCAUCACCUUCUCAUCGCUGCGUUUGUCAGAUGAGGCCGCGUACAUCUGCGAAUACACCACGUUCCCUGCAGGGAACCGAGAGAACACGGUCAACCUCACAGUAUUAGUUCGACCAACGACGGAGAUGAGCCUUUCCACACCAACCCUUGUGGCGGCUCGAUCUUCAAAAGUGAAGACACCAGUGGCCACUUGUGUUUUAGCAAAUGGCAAACCUGUAGGAACCAUCAGGUGGGAGUCACGCGUCCCGGGGGACGUGAGCACCAGAGAGUACAGGAAUGAAGACGGGACGUACACGGUGCAGAGUGACUAUAUCCUGGUCCCGAGCAGAGACACGCACAGAGAGACGCUCACCUGUGUCACCACUUACAACGAGGAAGUGUUCACAGAAAGUGUCACUCUCGACAUACAGUAUGAGCCGGACGUCAUGGUUGAAGGCUACGAUGGAAACUGGUAUUUGAAUAGAGAGAACGUGCAACUCAACUGCGUGGCCGACGCUAACCCCUCCGUGUCUCUGUAUCAGUGGAGAAUAAUUAAUGCUUCUAUACCAGAGAAUGUUGAAAUCCGCGACAACCUCCUAAUUUUCAAAGGACCGAUCACAUAUGAAAUCCAAGGGACUUACGUGUGUGAAGCCACAAACAGCAUUGGGACACGCGCUGCAUCAGUGGACAUCAGUGUAAUUGACAAGCCUUUACCCCAGAUUGCCACAGGCGACGUGGUCAGUGUGAUUGCUCUGUUAUUGGCUGCUGGAGUCUUACUGGGCAUCACCAUUACCGUCCUCAUCCUCAAAAUCAGGAGCCGCAAAGACAGCUCAUUACAAGACUCUCCAUCGAAAAAGAUUCCCCCAUCACUGAGAAAGAGAACAGACGAUAUCCAGCAUUCUGGCAGAUUUUACGAGGAGCUUCCGAACACGGCUGACUACGUGAGUUACCGACUGGCCUGUAAUAAGGAGGACUAUCCGGAGCCGUACUCGCCGCCCCUCCAGCCCCCUCUGUCCUUCCUGCCCCAGCAGCCGUACCCCUCGGCUCGGCUCAGCAGCGGUGGCAGCAGCUGCAGCGGAGGGACCCUCUCCAGAAACACUUUCUCCCCUCCCACACACACAACUGCUGUUUUCAAAUACCCCUCUGUCCCAGGAGUGAGCCCCCCGCCUCCUGGAGCUGCAUACACCUUCCCCAAGGAGCAGUAUGUCUAA